CUUUCUCUACUCAAGCUUGUUUCUUUAACAACAGAGCCAUAAUGGCUGCCACUCUAUUCUUCUUUUCUAUUACUACUAUACUAAUACUGAGCCAAGCCACCCCUCCUGGAGUUCAAGGUCUCUUUUUAACCCUAGUCAACAACUGUCCCUUCACUGUCUACCCAGCUAUCCAACCCAACUCCGGCCACCCAGUCCUCGAGAAAGGAGGCUUCCCCCUCCCCACUCUCACCCACCGCUCCUUCCCAGCCCCCAAUCAGCACUGGUCCGGCCGGAUCUGGGCCCGCACCGGCUGCACCCACGCCAACGGUAAGUUCCACUGCGCAACAGGGGAUUGCAACCACCAACUAGAGUGCAAUGGCCUCGGUGGCGCCAGCCCCGCCACUCUCGCACAGUUCAGCCUUCACCAUGGCCACAAAGACUUCUCCUCCUACGGCGUAUCUCUCGUCGAUGGGUUCAACGUCCCCAUGACAGUAACCCCACACGAAGGUCAAGGCGUAUGCCCGGUUGUUGGAUGCAGAGCGAACUUACUAGCGACGUGCCCAGAGAAGCUGCAGUUGAGGUACCCGGCGGGUCAUGGUCCUGUGGUGGCGUGCAAGAGUGGGUGCGAAGCGUUUGGGACAGACGAGCUGUGUUGCAGGAACCACUACAAUAGCCCACAAACGUGUAGGGCGUCGAGCUUCUCAGAGUUCUUCAAGCACGCAUGCCCGGCCACGUUCACUUACGCACAUGACAAUCCUUCCCUUAUGCAUGAGUGCUCGUCGCCACGCGAGCUUAAAGUCAUCUUCUGCCACUAGAGGAUCUUAAUAUUAAAAUAUUAAUAAUUAACAGUAUUAUUGGUGGCAUUUGUGUGAUAUGGAAGCCUUUACAACUGAAGAAUGUGUUUGUGUAUGAGAGAUUAAGUGGUAAUUAAUGUAAUAUUUGGAGUUCUGUUUAAAAACUUAAUGUUCUUGUUUUAA